CAUACUGACCAUACAUCUGUACUCUUUCGUUAGCUGUAGCUAUAGCAUUAUGGCUGGGAGCUAAAAGGCAGGAGACCCCAUCCAACAAAAAAAAAUAGUGGCUAAGGAAACUGGAGAAGACCCUUUAUCUGAAUUCAAAGAAGAUGUACCAGAUAUUGAUGAAAAGGGUUAAGUAGGUGCUCUCCAUUCACCGGACACACCUCACAUUCCUUAUAAAUUUGAGGAGCUCUCAGAAACAGAGAUGCUAAAAAGAUCUGAGACCUUUUAUCAGAGUCUAAACAAGCGUCGCUCCAUUAGGCAGAUCAGUUCACGUCCAGUCCCUGUAAACAUCAUAAAGAACGUCAUAAGAACAGCUGGGACUUCACCUUCGGGAGCUUACUCCGAACCGUGGGUAUUUGUUGUCAUUAAGGAUCCUGGAGUUAAGAGCAAGAUAAGGGACAUCAUAGAGCAGGAAGAGUAUCUCAACUACAAUCACAGGAUGGGUGAAAAGUGGGUGAAUGAUUUAAAGUUUGUGAAUAUGAAUCACGAGAAGCCCUAUUUAGAGGAAGCAUCUUAUCUAAUCAAUUUAUUCAAGUCUCAGUAUCAUGUUAAUGAGCCUGAAGUGGAACAACCAAGAGUGUAUAAUCCACUCUUGCUAUUACUAUAUUAUGUUUCUAUACAUCUGAAUGCACAAAUCGCAAUCCUGAAGGAUUUGAGUGUCUCCUACUGCUUUCGUGUUCUUUUAACAAUAAAGAAGUCACUGCAUUUCUGCAGUAUUUGGAAAGAAAAAUGCUCAGUCACUACUACGCCUCUUAAUGCUGGUGGACAGAUAAGGGAGUUACUGGGACAACUUUCGAAUGAGAAAGUGAUGCUUGUGCUUCCUGUAGGAUAUCCAAGUGAGGUUGCAACAGUGCCAGAUGUAAAGAGAAAAGAAUUUGAUAUUAAUUUGAAUUGU